AUGCGCUAUUUGAAGCCAUGGAAGUGGCUGAGAUCAUCUAGGGAAAGAUUAAAGACUGAAAAUAUAAAGGCGGCUAAUGACAAAAAGCAAGGUCCCUCUGGGGAGCGUGGUGGUCCCGGCCCCGCAGGGCCCAGAGGAGCUCCUGGAGAACCUGGCCGAGAUGGUGUCCCUGGAGGUCCAGGAAUGAGGGGUAUGCCCGGAAGCCCAGGAGGGCCAGGCAGCGAUGGAAAACCAGGGCCUCCCGGAAGUCAAGGAGAAAGUGGUCGACCAGGUCCUCCAGGCCCAUCUGGUCCCCGAGGUCAGCCUGGUGUCAUGGGUUUCCCUGGUCCUAAAGGAAAUGAUGGUGCACCUGGCAAGAAUGGAGAACGAGGUGGCCCUGGAGGUCCUGGCCCUCAGGGUCCUGCUGGAAAGAAUGGUGAAACUGGACCUCAGGGUCCCCCAGGACCUACUGGGCCAGGUGGUGACAAAGGAGAUCCAGGACCCCCUGGUCCACAAGGAUUGCAAGGUUUGCCUGGAACCAGUGGACCUCCAGGAGAAAAUGGAAAACCUGGUGAACCAGGUCCAAAGGGUGAAUCUGGUUCACCUGGAACUCCAGGAGGCAAGGGUGAUUCGGGAGCCCCGGGUGAACGAGGACCUCCCGGAGCUGUGGGGCCCGCGGGACCGAGAGGUGGAGCCGGCCCCCCUGGUCCCGAAGGAGGAAAGGGCGCUGCUGGACCCCCUGGGCCACCUGGGUCUGCUGGGACUCCUGGUCUGCAAGGGAUGCCUGGGGAAAGAGGAGGUCCUGGAGGUCUCGGGCCAAAGGGUGACAAGGGCGAACCAGGCAGCGCAGGGGUGGAUGGUGCUCCAGGGAAAGACGGGCCGCGGGGUCCUACUGGUCCCAUUGGUCCCCCUGGCCCAGCUGGUCAGCCUGGAGAUAAGGGUGAAGGUGGUGCCCCUGGACUUCCGGGUAUAGCUGGUCCUCGUGGUGGCCCUGGUGAGAGAGGCGAACACGGGCCUCCAGGACCUGCUGGCUUCCCUGGUGCUCCUGGACAGAAUGGUGAGCCUGGUGCUAAAGGAGAAAGAGGUGCUCCUGGUGAGAAAGGUGAAGGAGGGCCCCCUGGCAUCGCAGGACCCCCUGGGGGUGCUGGGCCUGCUGGUCCCCCUGGUCCCCAGGGCGUCAAAGGUGAACGCGGCAGUCCUGGUGGUCCUGGUUCUGCUGGCUUCCCUGGUGCUCGUGGUCUUCCUGGUCCUCCUGGUAAUAAUGGUAACCCAGGCCCCCCGGGCCCCAGCGGUGCUCCAGGCAAGGACGGGGCCACCGGUCCACCUGGUAACAAUGGUGCUCCCGGCAACCCUGGAGUGUCUGGACCUAAAGGUGAUGCUGGCCAACCCGGCGAGAAGGGAUCCCCCGGCUCCCAGGGCCCCCCGGGACCUCCAGGCCCACUGGGAAGUGUCGGGAUUACCGGAGCCAGGGGUCUCGCGGGACCACCGGGCAUCCCGGGUCCUAGGGGAAGCCCAGGCCCACAGGGUGUCAAGGGUGAAAGUGGGAAACCAGGAGCUGCUGGUCACAAUGGAGAACGCGGUCCUCCUGGACCCCAGGGUCUUCCUGGUCUGGCUGGUACAGCUGGUGAACCUGGAAGAGACGGAAACCCAGGAUCGGAUGGUCUUCCAGGCCGAGAUGGAGCUCCCGGUGGCAAGGGUGAUCGUGGAGAAAAUGGUUCCCCUGGUGCCCCCGGUGCUCCUGGUCAUCCAGGCCCCCCUGGUCCCAUUGGUCCAGCUGGAAAGAGUGGUGACAGAGGAGAAACUGGCCCCGCUGGCCCUUCUGGUGCUCCGGGUCCUGCUGGUUCCCGAGGUCCUCCUGGUCCCCAAGGUCCACGUGGUGACAAAGGUGAAACAGGUGAACGUGGUUCUAGUGGCAUCAAAGGACAUCGAGGAUUCCCUGGUAAUCCAGGUGCUCCGGGUUCUCCAGGUCCUGCUGGUCACCAAGGUGCCGUUGGUAGCCCAGGACCUGCAGGCCCGCGAGGACCUGUUGGACCCAGUGGGCCCCCAGGCAAAGAUGGCACGAGCGGACAUCCGGGUCCCAUUGGACCGCCAGGGCCUCGAGGGAACAGAGGUGAAAGAGGGUCUGAGGGCUCCCCAGGCCACCCAGGACAACCGGGCCCUCCUGGACCUCCUGGUGCUCCUGGUCCGUGCUGUGGUGGGGGCGCUGCUGCCAUGGGUUCUCUCGGAGGGGCUGAAAAAGCUGGUGGUUUUGCCCCAUAUUAUGGAGAUGAACCGAUGGAUUUCAAAAUCAACACCGAGGAGAUUAUGACUUCACUCAAAUCGGUCAACGGACAACUAGAAAGCCUCCUCAGUCCUGAUGGGUCCCGUAAACACCCUGCUCGGAACUGCCGAGACCUGAAAUUUUGCCAUCCUGAACUCAAGAGCGGAGAAUAUUGGGUUGACCCUAACCAAGGUUGCAAGUUGGACGCUAUUAAAGUAUUUUGCAAUAUGGAAACUGGGGAAACGUGCAUAAAUGCCAGUCCUUGGACUGUUCCACGUAAGAACUGGUGGACAGAUUCUAGUGCUGAGAAGAAAAAUGUUUGGUUUGGAGAAUCUAUGGAUGGUGGUUUUCAGUUUAGCUAUGGCAAUCCUGAACUUCCUGAAGAUGUCCUCGAUGUCCAGCUGGCCUUCCUCCGACUUCUCUCCAGCCGGGCCUCCCAGAACAUCACGUAUCACUGCAAGAAUAGCAUUGCAUACAUGGAUCAUGCCAGUGGGAAUGUAAAGAAAGCCUUGAGGCUGAUGGGCUCAAAUGAAGGUGAAUUCAAGGCUGAAGGAAAUAGCAAAUUCACAUACACAGUCCUGGAGGAUGGUUGCACUAAACACACUGGGGAAUGGGGCAAAACAGUCUUCGAAUAUCGAACGCGCAAGGCCGUGAGACUACCUAUUGUAGAUAUUGCACCCUAUGAUAUUGGUGGUCCUGAUCAAGAAUUUGGUGUGGACAUUGGCCCUGUUUGCUUUUUAUAAAUCAAACUCUAUCUGAAACCCCAGCAAAAAAUUUCACACUCCAUAUGUGUUCCUCUCAUUCUAACCUUGUCAACCAGUACAAGUGACCAACUCAAUUCCAGUUAUUUAUUUCCAAAAGUUUUGGAAAAAGUAUAAUUUGGCAAAAAAGGAUUUUUUUUUUUGCUGUUACACCAAAUACAGUUCAAAUGCUUUUUGUUCUAUUUUUUUACCAAUUCCAAUUUCAAAAUGUCUCAAUGGUGCUAUAAUAAAUAAACUUCAACACUCUUACAAUAA